AUGGUAUCCAAUUCUGGGAUCGGUGUACUAAUAGCGGGAUUGAUUGGGGUUGUACAAGGACAGUAUCUGAAUACAACCGCGGCGAUUGUAACUCCAAUAACACCAGAGGGACAAGAACAUUAUUCAACGUGCGAACCAAAGACUGUCACUAUCACGUCUCCUGGAGGUGGAUAUGGGUCAUGUUCCACACAAACUGUUACAUCAACCCAAGUAUCUGUAUCGACAACUACAUGUUGGGAGACAACUACAAUUGACAAACCAACCACAAUUGUCUCAAUAUCUACAUCUACAGCAUAUCAGAAUCAAACCACUACAAAAACAAUAACCUCAGAAAUUGGAGGUGGUUAUGGGCCUGGAACUACAGUUACAGAGACUGUUACUCUGACCGCGAGCUCCACCCCAAGUGGUGGAUAUCCAUAUGGAGGAAGUACUAUCACGGAGACAGUCACUCAGAAUCAGACUAUAACUAAAACCGUCGGUGGUUAUCAAACUGCGAACCAAACUAUUACGGAGAAAACUACCGAGACAGAAUCUUUCACGACAACUGCUCCCAGUAUCAUUUCAGCGAUUACGACUUUGACGGAUGUUAUCACAGUGACCAACAUAUCUACAGCUAGCUUUACCGAAACUGAUCUUGUCACAACAACUAAAAAUUACAAUUUCACUGCUACUCAGCUAGAUCGCACAACUCAAACUGACACCAUCACCGAUGAGGAGACCACAACGACUUUCGUUUGGCAGACCACCAUAUUGACAGAUGUGAUCACGACUUCAAUCCCAUAUACGACCACUUUGAUUAAUAGUUAUGGAUAUCCAAUUACAAUAACUAAGUAUAGUACCCUGACCACCACUGAGAGAUAUACUUCUAGUUUUACUACCACGACCACCCAGGAUCAUACAACUACAAAACUUAAGACGGUAACAACAAUAUGCACCGAGUUUGUUCCUGUAUUCAUAACCAAAACGAUAAGUGGGUCUCUCACGACGAUCACAUCGUAUUCCGCAACGACUUUCACUUCACUCAUCACGACCGGCACGACAGAUUAUGAAACUGCCACGGUUACAUCAAAAACAACUGAUUACGUACCAACAACAAUAUAUCAGCCUUCGACGUAUACUACCACGCAAGAUGUGACUAUUAUCUCAUCAUAUCCUGUGACUGUUAUUAACAAUUACACACUAUGGCAAACUACUACGAGAGUCGAGGUAUCAACUUAUGAGACCACCAGCACGGUCACUUCAACGACUUCAAUACCUUUACCCACAACGAUUGAUGUUUAUAUCACCACUACCGUGGAUCAUCUCUUCACAUCUGUCUCCACAUAUACCUUGAAUACAAGCUAUCCGGUAACUGUUAUUUCCGACCACUCUACUACUUACACUCAAUAUACCACCGAGUAUUACACUAGUCGGGAAACAACUACAUUUUCUACGACGGAAACGGAUACUGAAACGGAUUAUGUGACCACCACCUCAUAUGUACCUACUACGACUGUCUCCACAUCGUUUGUAACUACCAGUAUACCAUACACUGUUAUAUCUUCAACAACUUUGUACAUUUACAGCACUCAAAUUUCCCUGAUUACCUUUACGACUUCCGUACCCAUCACAAUCACAGAUGUUUCGACUUCAAUAUCAACUGAUUAUGUGACCACGACCUCAUAUGUACCUACCACAACCAUCUCUACCUCCUUGAUUACUACAAGUAUACCUUAUACCGUCGUUUCCUCAACAACGCUAUAUAUUUACAGCACUGAGACCUCUUUGUUGACUCUCACAACCUCUGUACCUACCACUGUCACGGAUAUUUCGACUUCAAUCUCAACUUCCGUAUCAAUUUCUGAUAUUUACGUCUAUACGACUAUAAUUGAAACCUACAGCACGACGGACACUUCCUAUAUAACCACUUCUUAUCCAUAUACUGUAAGUGAGACAGUCAUAAGUGAUAUAACCCACAGCUUCACGGAUUAUAUUACUACGACAAUAAUAGAUCUAUCAACUUACGUCAGUCUUUCUACUCUCACCACGAGUGUCAUCGUGCCAACCACUACUACACAAGUUUCCUUGGUCCCAACAACCAUUACGGAUUCAUAUUUUUCCACGGCUACAGUUACAAAGACGACUUCAUAUCCAUUUACCGUGAUAUCCUCAACAACCGAAUACAGCUAUAGCACUUAUACACUGGUUUCAACGUAUACAAUGACGAGUACAAAGACUACUUCUAUUCCAUACACCACAACGAAGGAAAUUUUGGUACCAACUACUACUACCAAAAUUUCCCUUGUUCCAACUACAAUCGUCUCUUCGUAUUUCUCCACCUCGGUUCUGACAGUUUCCACAUCUUAUCCUUAUACCGUCUAUCAAACUAUCAUUAGUUCAACAACUUACUAUUCUACCUCCUAUAUAAGUACAACUUACACGACAACCCAGGAACUAACUUCGGUAUCAACACUCACUACUUCAGUGCCCACGACAACAACCGAGACUAGUGUGAUAACUAGUACAACUUCGGUCCCUACUACGACAACGGAAACUAGUGUAUAUACAAGUAUCUCAAUCUCAGAUAUCUACUCAACGUAUAGUACUACCUUGACAGAAUUGACCACGAUCAGCGCCACUUUGACAGAAAUCCAUCUUUCAACGAUCACUGUUUCCACUUCAUAUCCAUAUACGGUAUAUACCACAGUUGUUAGCGAUCAUACGACCACCUCAACUCAAUAUGUCCCAACAACAUAUACGCAGGUUAUAUCCACGACGCAGUAUGUCCCAACAACUUAUACAUCUUUGGUCACGAGAUCUGAAACAAGCACGGCCACAGCAACUGUAACAGAUAGUGAGACAACAACCGCUAGCUACACAACCACUGAUUUCCAGACUACUACCACAACCGCAAUAUCUAUCGCAACUCUCACCUCGAUCGAUAUCAUUACACUUCCUCCCGUUACCCUUACCACUUCAAUUUCUGGGACCCCAAUCACGAUAACAGAGCCUGCAUCAACUGUAUCUGUUAUCAAGACGAUCACCUCUGAACUAUAUAUCACGUCACUGAUUACCCUUCCCGCAAGUACUGUUACAUCGGAUGUUUAUAUUACUACUUCAGUUCCCGGUCCAACAAUUACGACGUCGAUAUCAGGAUCUUUGACUACGAUCACCUUACCUGGCUCCACCUCCGUCUUGACGGUUUCAGGGCCAACCAUAACAUCCAAUGUUUACAUUACCACCUCACUUCCUGCCCAAACCAUCACCACUUCAAUAUCAGGAUCUUUGACCACUAUCACAUUGCCUGGUAGUACCUCCGUUUUGACAGUUUCGGGCCCAACGGUAACAUCCAAUGUUUACGCUACCACCUCACUUCCUGCUCAAACCAUCACGGCUUCUUUGUCUGGAUCGUUAACUACCAUCACCUUACCUGGUAGCACCUCAGUCUUGACAGUUUCUGGCCCAACAGUCUCAUUAUCCGGAUCUUUGACGACUGUUACUCUCCCUGCAGUAACAUCAAUUCAAACAAUCCCUGGUCCUACAGUUACAACAUCGAUAUCAGGAUCCCUGACAACUAUAACCCAGCCAGGUAGUACAUCAACUAUAAUCCUUUCGGGAUCAACUAUAACCUUACCUGGAUCAACAAUUCCUGGUCAGACUAUAACUCUACCAGCCUCAACAGUUACUCUACCAGGAUCGGUUACUACUCUCCCGGGACUGACUACUACCAUUCAAGGGUCAACCUUUACGGCUCCAGGGCAGACAAUUACUUUGCCUGGGUCGAUAACUACUCUCCCUGGAUCUGUAACAACUCUUCCCGGUUCAACCAUAACUUUGCCUGCAUCGAAAACCCCUGGCCAAACCAUCACGUUACCAGCCUCAACAGUCACUCUACCAGGAUCGGUUACCACACUCCCGGGACAGACUACUACCAUUCAAGGAUCGACUUUCACAGCCCCAGGACAGACAAUCACCUUACCAGGAUCAAUAACUAUUCUCCCUGGAUCGGUAACAACCCUUCCUGGUUCAGUCUCAAUCUCAACUGUGACUCAAUCCAUUGCAGGCCCAACAGUGACCCUCACUCAGGCAGGAUCAACCGUGAUAUCAACUCUUCCAGGUUCCGUCAGUAUCUAUCCAACGACCAUAAGUCUCGGCGCAACCUUGACAGGAUCAACAGCAUAUGUGACUGGGCCCGGAUCCACUGUAACCGUGACCGAAUUGAUAACUUGUCCAUCGCCUACAAACUCUGGUUCAGUAAUUCCUCAAGACUCCAGCUCAUCAGCGGUUUUCGGAUGCUCACCAGGAUACGUUUGUAACCCACCCAAGCCAGAUCAUUGUGCUUUAUGGGCCGAUCCUCCUGCUGCAGACUAUCUAUGUGAAGCAAAAUACUGUAUUCCAUCUCCUAAUACAACUGAAGUAUACUGGGCACAGAACCAAACUGGGUACUACCCACCAUCAGCCGGAUAUUUCAAUCUCAAUCCCAAUGCGUUUGGUCUCAGCUUUGGAAUUUUCAUUGAGAAAGUCGUCACCGAAAUCAUCAUUGGUAAUGAAGGAACAGAACUUGUCAAGACUUACACUACCGGCGACUGGACAUCCCAAACAGAUAUUUCUCACUACCCAGCUGGAACCCGAACCGGACUUUCUACCUCCGCACUCGCCACACCUUCCGCUCCAGCCCGUCGCGGGCUUCUUCCCCGACUCUUUGCAGGAAAGCGCAAAUCAGACACCGCACAUCUCAAUCUCCUCACCAAAAGGGAUGCUACUGUUGUUCCCGCAGUUUGCUACUCCACGUGUAACAAUGGCUACGUUGAAGCGCUCAAAGUGGGCAAAUCUCCCGCUCUCUGCGAUCCCAACUCCGCUUUCGAAUCUGAUUAUGGCGCCUGUACAGCGUGUAUUGAUGCGAAUAGCAACACUGUGAAAGAAACACUGCAAACAUACAUAGAGCCACAAUUUGAACAGUUCUUGGAUUUCUGCAGUGCGCAGGCACCACAGAGUGAGGUCGCGGGUAGUACGGAAACCCAGGUUGUGACAAAAACCGCAACCGUUUUACCGGUUGAGGCGAGCAGUAGCACGGUCAAACCAGCUGCUACUACCAGUAGUUCGAGUGCUGCAUUAAGCUCCAGUGCUAGUGCAAGCCCGACUGCAAGCGCUACCCCGAGUGUUAGUAUUACGAGCCAAAUUGCUCCGGUUGAUACGUCUUCUGCUUCAACACUGAUUUCCACCGACGUCAAUUCAUCUGGAUCUUCUUCAGCGGUCGUUAGCGUCCCGACAGCUUCUGGAAGUGGAAGUAGAAGUGGGGGCGAAAGUGGGACAGGAACUGGGACCGGAACUGGAACCGAAACCGGAACUGGAAGCAUAUUACCAUCCACAACAGCCUCGACUGUCCUCAGUAUAAGCACCACAGGCUCAGGAUCAGGCUCAGGCUCCAGUACCACGUCAAAUUCGGGAUCUAGCUCGACAUCUAGCUCUGAAUCAUCCCUCCAAUCUCAAACCUCAAGUCCAACUCCUACAACGAAAUCGCAAACUAGCUCUUCACCCACCAGCUCUGGAUCUGCAAGCCCUUCAGGUACUGGGCCUGCUGAAGGUGCUGGAGCCAAACUGAAGCCUUCAGUGUUCUUCUCAUUGAUGGCAAUGUUACUUGUGGGACUCAUGGGCUAG